AUGCCUUGGGGCACCCUCCUCUGGGUUGGCUUCCUCCCUGAUCUGGCCCUGGGGGCUGGGACCUUCACCGUCGGGGUGCUGGGUCCCUGGGACUGUGAUCCCAUCUUCGCCCAGGCCUUCCCCAGUGCGGCUGCCCAGCUGGCUGUGGACCGAGUCAACCAGGACUCGUCACUGGUGCUGGACUCACAGUUGGCCUCCGUGGUCCUUCCCACAGACUGUGACACUCCUCAUGCCCUGGCCACAUUCCUGACCCACAGGAGCACUGUAGCUGCCUUUGUGGGCCCUGUCAAUCCUGGUUACUGCCCAGCAGCAGCCCUGCUGGCCCAAGGCUGGGGCAAGACCCUCUUCUCCUGGGCAUGUGGGGCUCUGGAAGGAGGGAGUGAGCUGGUGCCCACCUUGCCUUCGGCUGCCCAUGUGUUGCUGUCCAUCAUGAGACACUUUGGUUGGGCUCGAGUGGCCAUUGUGUCCUCCCACCAGGACAUUUGGGUGGCCACCGCCCGGCAGGUGGCCAUGACUCUCAGGAUGCAUGGGUUGCCUGUGGGGCUGGUGACCUCUCUGGGACCUGGGGAGCAGGGGACCACAGAGGUCCUGAAACAGCUCUGCAGUGUGGACGGCCUGAAAAUCGUGGUGCUGUGCAUGCACUCGGCGCUCCUGGGGGGCUCCGAGCAGACGGCCCUGUUGAGCCAAGCCUGGGCCCAGGGCCUGGCAGACGGGAGGCUGGUCUUCCUGCCCUACGACACCAUGCUCUUCGCCUUGCCCUACCGCAACCGCUCCUACCCAGCCCUGGGUGAUGGCGGACCCCUGCAGGCGGUCUACGAUGCUGUGCUCACCAUCAGCCUGGAGUCCGUUCCUGCUGACAAGGCCUUCAAAGCUGCUGGGGUCAGCGCAGAGGAGGCUGCUUGCUGGGAGCCAGAGCAGGUGUCCCCCCUCUUUGGAACCAUCUAUGAUGCCGUGGUGCUGCUGGCCCAUGCUCUGAACCGCUCUGAGAGCCAUAGGACGGGGCUCUCGGGGGCCCACUUAGGGGACCACAUAAGGACUCUGGAUGUGGCUGGCUGUGGCCAGAGGAUUCGGACAGAUGAGAAGGGCAGGAGGCUGGCUCAGUACGUGAUCCUGGACACAGAUGGUCAAGGAAGCCAGCUGGUCCCCACCCACAUCCUGGACACAGGCACAUGGCAAGUGCAGCCGCUGGGCAGGGCCAUACACUUUCCUGGAGGCGUCCCACCGGCCAGAGACUCCAAAUGCUGGUUUGACCCCAACACAUUAUGCAUGAGAGGUUUGCAGCCCCCCGGCAGUCUCCUCUCUCUGGUCCUGGCCUGUGGCUUGUUACUCGCAGGUGGAGCCCUCACUUGCCUUAUGAGAUGGGGCAUCCAGCAGCUGCGACUGGUGCGGGGCCCCCAUCGGAUCCUGCUGACAGCUGAGGAGCUCACCUUCAUCCAUCGGCCUCUGAGCAGACGGAGGCUGCAUGUGGACAGUGUGAGUGAAUCAAGAAGUGUGGCAGAUGGAGGAAGCCUGAGGUCAGUGGCCCAGGGGUCAUCAAGGAGCUUGCCAGCCCCUCAGGAGCCUACCAAUGUGGCCCUGUACCAGGGAGAGUGGGUGUGGUUGAAGAAGUUUGAAGCUGGCACAGCCCCUGACCUGCGGCCCAGCUGCCUCAGCCUCCUGAGAAAGAUGCGGGAGCUGCGACAUGAGAACAUCACUGCCUGCCUGGGCUUCUUUGUGGCCCCUGGCGUCAGUGCUUUGGUGUUGGAAUACUGUGCCCGGGGCAGCCUGGAGGAUCUGCUGCGGAACGAGGCCCUGCAGCUGGACUGGACCUUCAAGUCCUCCCUGAUACUGGACUUGAUCCGCGGCAUGCGGUAUCUGCACCAUCGACAUUUCCCUCAUGGCCGCCUCAAGUCCCGAAACUGUGUAGUGGAUGGACGCUUUGUGCUGAAGGUCACUGACCACGGUUAUGCGGAACUGCUGGAUGCGCAGCGGACUCCCUGCCCCAGGCCGGCCUCGGAAGAGCUGCUGUGGACAGCUCCAGAACUGCUACGGUGCCCUGGGGCACCCAGGAGGGGCACCCUCAAAGGAGAUGUCUUCAGCAUCGGCAUCAUCCUGCAGGAGGUCUUGACUCGAGGCCCGCCCUACUGCUCCUCGGGGCUCUCGGCAGAAGAAAUUGUCAGGAAAGUGGUGUCCCCCCCACCCCGGUGCCGGCCACUCGUGUCUCCUGACCACGGGCCGCCCGAGUGCAUGCAGCUGAUGGAGCAGUGCUGGGAGGAGACUCCAGAGGACAGGCCCAGCCUGGACCAGAUCUACAACCAGUUCAAAAGCAUUACUCAAGGCAAGAAGACCAGUGUUGCUGACUCUAUGCUGCGGAUGCUGGAGAAGUAUUCCCAGAACCUGGAGGACCUGAUCCAGGAGCGGACUGAGGAACUGGAGCUGGAGAAGCAGAAGACAGACAGGCUGCUCUCUCAGAUGCUCCCUCCGUCUGCGGCUGAAGCUCUGAAAAUGGGGGCGACUGUGGAGCCUGAGUACUUUGAGCAGGUUACCAUAUACUUCAGUGACAUCGUUGGCUUCACCACCAUCUCAGCCCUGAGCGAGCCCAUCGAGGUGGUGGGCCUGCUCAAUGACCUCUACACCCUGUUUGAUGCUGUUCUGGGCAGCCAUGACGUGUACAAGGUGGAGACCAUCGGAGAUGCCUACAUGGUAGCUUCGGGGCUGCCUCGGCGCAACGGCAGCCGGCACGCAGCUGAGGUCGCCAACAUGGCUCUGGACAUCCUCAGCUCUGUGGGAGACUUCAGGAUGCGGCACGCACCCGGCGUGCCCAUUUGCAUCAGGGCUGGCCUGCACUCAGGGCCCUGCGUAGCAGGGGUCGUGGGUCUCACCAUGCCUCGGUACUGUCUCUUUGGGGACACUGUCAACACUGCAUCCCGGAUGGAAUCCACAGGGCUGCCUUACAGAAUUCACGUCAGCAGAAGCACUGUCCAGACACUGCUCAGCCUGGAUGAAGGCUACAAAAUCGACAUCAGAGGCCCGACUGAAUUAAAGGGCAAGGGCAUAGAGGAGACUUACUGGCUGUCUGGAAAGGCAGGUUUCCCCAGGCCCCUUCCCCCGCCUCUGGACAUCAAGCCUGGGGACCCCUGGCAGGACCUCAUAAAGCAAGAAAUCAAGGCAGCCUUUGCCAAAGCUCGACAGGACACUGCAGGGCCCUGGAGCUCAGGGAAGGACUUGGCAAAGCCCUGA